AUGAACAUAGGAUCAUCAUCAUCUUUAAAUCCUUCUCCUGGUUCAAUUACUUCAUCUAAUGUCGGUAAUAAUGGCCCAUCAUUCGCCGUAAUCGGUAAUCAAACAUCUAAUAAUUCGAGUACAAACUCCAAUCAGCCAGCAUCAAAUGCUAGUAAUGCACCUGUAUCACGUGAGCGUAUCGCCAGUUGGAUAACUGAAUUACUUUCGUCAACGACACGAGAAGCAGCAUUAAUGGAAUUAAGUCGUAAACGAGAAAAAGUUUCUGAUCUAGCUGUUUUACUUUGGCAUUCAUUUGGAUCUGUUGCUGUAUUGCUAUAUGAAGUGAUUUCAGUUUAUCCAUACAUUAAUCCACCGACAUUAACUGCUCAACAGUCCAAUCGCGUUUGCAAUGCAUUGGCUUUGUUACAAUGUAUUGCAUCACAUCCAGAAACACGUACGCUUUUCAUUCAAGCAAAUGUUCCACUAUUUCUUUAUCCAUUCUUAAAUACAAAAUCAUCAACAAGACCAUUUGAAUAUCUUCGUUUAACAUCCUUAGGCGUUAUUGGUGCACUUGUUAAAACCGAUGAAACAGAAGUUAUCAAUUUCCUAUUAACAACAGAAAUCAUUCCAUUAUCAUUGCGUAUAAUGCAAUCAGGCAGUGAAUUAUCGAAAACUGUUGCAACAUUUAUUUUACAAAAAAUUCUUGCCGAUGAUUCGGGAUUAAGUUAUAUGUGUGAAACAUUUGAUCGUUUUUCACAUGUUGCAAUGGUUCUUGGACGAAUGGUUCUUCAGCAGCAACGAGAAGCAAGUGGUCGUUUAUUGAAACAUAUUAUUCGAUGUUAUUUGCGUUUAUCGGAUAAUACUCGUGCUCGUGAAGCUCUUCGAUCAUGCCUUCCGGAUUGUCUCAAAGAUCAUACAUUCGAUGCCGUACUUACAGACGAUUCGUCGACUAAAAAAUGGUUAUCCCAAUUAUUACUUAAUCUUGAAACACCUGCGACAGCAGCUACAACUAAUGCACAACAGCAAUCAUCCAAUUCUGCUGUUCAACAACAUAAUCAAACUUCAUCAACAUCGGACAUGGGAUAA